GUCCCGCAAGUAGUAUCUCGAUCCGUACUAUUGUAUCGACAUCUGCCAUAGUGAAGCCAUACGCUUGUGAGUGGCCCAACUGUGGUCAGACAUGUCUCAGUCCAUCUCAUCUGAAGGCGCACAUGCGUAUGCACACGGGCGUACGUCCCUAUGCGUGUAACUAUCCUGGGUGUGGCAAGAGGUUUUCUCAAAAAGGUAGUUUGAUAGCACACAAACGCGUGCACUCGGGCGAACGGCCCUAUGCGUGUGGCUAUUCUGGGUGUGGCAAGAAGUUUAUUCAACAAGGUCAUUUGACAGCACACAAACGCGUGCACUCGGGCGAACGGCCCUAUGCGUGUGGCUAUCCUGGGUGUGGCAAGAGGUUUGGUCACAAUGCUAGUCUGAUAGCACACAUACGCGUGCACUCUAGCGAACGGCCCUAUGCGUGUGACUAUCCUGGGUGUGGCAAGGAGUUUAUUCAACAAGGUCAUUUGACAGCACACAAACGCGUGCACACCGGUGAACGUCCUUAUGCGUGACUAACCUGGGUGUGGUGUCAAGUUCAAACUGUCUGGUUAUCUACGCCGCCACAAACACGUGCACAAUGCCAAACACGGGUCAACCGAUUCAACAUAAGCCGCUGCACAGGUGGGAUUAUUCAAUAAAUGGACGGGACGACGUUUCUCGCCAGCACACGUUGAUUCAAAACGUUUUGAUCAGCCUUUGAAUUGCUGCCAGGACACCUUAU